AUGAGCGUGGGUGCGCCAUACAGCGAGACGGUGGCGCCGAGGGGGCUUGUGCCACUUCACGUGCCGCUGCAGCAGCGACUGCCGGUGUUCGACAGAGUGGUGGACCUUGUGCAGUGCGGGCGUGCCGUGAACUGGUGGAUUCCGGUGAAGAUGAUGGAAUUCUUGCUGUUUGAUGUGGAUAGGGUUUUGAGAGGUGGAUGGUACUUGUGGAUUGACAGAUUUUUCAGCAAAAGGGUGGACUUUGAAAAGCUGUAUGCGCUAUUGAUUGGAAAAUUAGGUUACAAGAAGGUAAAGUGGGCCACUAGGAAUAAGGCUAAUGCUAGUGGCAUCAAGAAUGCUGAGGUUUUUCUCACUGCAUUAUUGCAGAAGCCUACUUCAAGAGUGAGAGUAUGUUGGUGGCCACCAUUGCCAUCAGAAGAACAAGGUUCAGUGUCAUUGUGGUGA